AUGCGAUUCUUCAUCAAGUUGUUGGUGUAUGUAUCGAGUGAAGAUGCUACGCCCUCGCUUCCACCAGAAUGGGACGGGGCUUCACAGGGUUCCUGUUAUUCCUCCUGCAAGGUAGACUAUCCCAUUGGCAUCGAGGAUUCGGGUCUUGAAAAGCAAAGAUACCACGCAGCAGUCGCAAACGCCUAUAGAUUCAUCAAGACGUUGGAUACGGAAGGCGGUGUUGACCUGCUUCUGUUCUGCGUUCGCGCUGGCCGAAUCACUACUGCGCUUCAGAGCAAUCACGGAUCUUUCAUGAAUUCCUCUCACAAGAAGGUUCCCAUCGUUAUUGCAACUACGAACCUCGAGCAGAGGAUGGAGGACUGCGAGCAACACAGUUAG